GGCAGAGGCCCAGUCAUAGUCCUACUAGACUCCCGCACAGCCAUUGAUAGACUCCAGCACUGGGGGAUAGGCUCAGGUCAAAGCCUAGUACUGCAAGCCUAUGAAGCAGCCAAGGCCCUUGUUACGAACCAACAGAACGAAGCGCUGUCCAACACAGCAACACAGGAUGAAACACUACCCCGCAAGAUUGACAGGAUUAGGCAUACAAGGUCACGUGACUUAGGAAGGUCCAUUGAUAAGAUAAGCAGAGGAGUCCAACAAGGACCGUGGAAGGGAGGUCCAGUAUGGACCACGAGAAGAAGGUCCAACAGGGACCGACGGAAGGAAGGAGAUGGAGGACCAAAACAGAAGUUAUAA